AUGGCCGUCAUCACCAAGUUUUGUUUUUCGUGUUCUGUAAGACUCGGCUCGAUAAUUACAGGGUGUUUGACACUGAUUCAAGCUUGCGUCCUGUUGGGAGUCACACUAAACACGCCUUUGGACAAAAUCAGCGAUAGUUUGAAUCAAUGGUUGAGCGAAAUUCGUUUAGAAGAAGGAUGUUUCAAUGAAAUUGCUAAUAACCCAAAACUGAUUCUCACAAUUAGCUCUGUGUUUUUCUCAUGCUUGAUUUGUAGCUCAGUUUUGUUGAUUUAUGGCAGUUUUCAGACUCGGCCACUGCUGAUGUACCCUUUCAUUGUUUUUUAUUUUUUGUACAUUUUGGCUUUAUUUUUUGUACUUUUGUUUGUGUUGGAGUUUAUUAAAGUGAAAGGGAACGGUUUAGGCCAAUUGAUUUUGUACUCGAACCUUGGGGGAUUCACCCUGUUGCUUUAUUUGUACACAUGGUGCAGUGUGGUGAGUCUAACACAGAUAGUAAACGAGCUUCAAGUCCGAUUAAAACACAAAUUGCGAGUGGUCGAUGCAAUGAAGAAGAAGAAAAAUGUUUACAAUUAUGCCCAUUUUAAUUAAUUAGUGUUUUAUUUAACAACACAUCUAGCUACACAAGUCCAACAAAAAUUCCAAAUUACUCCAUUUCCAGUAAUUGGUAGGUCUUGUAAACGCCAGGCUUCGUUGCUUGUCUGUCGCUGUCAAAAGAAAAAUAUCUGGAAAAUAAAUAUCGCAAUAUUUUGAUAAAAACUGGAAGACUUUAUUACGGCUGAAUUUUCUCCUCUAUUCGGCCUUUGAGGAGUCUCAAACAGUUGGACCUAUUGAAAUAAUUAAUUAAAUUAAUUUCCUUGAUUACUUCCCUUACUUGAGACAACUCCGGGCUGCUCGACCGAAAGCCCCGCCCGGAAUCAAGCC